AUGGCGAACCGUCAAGACGCAAUCGAAGAGCCUUUCGACGCUUCGGAUCUUAGCACGCUGGAAGCUGGCACAAGGACUGGCACACCGACUGUUUUCGGUAUCCACGAUCUUGGCGAAAGCGGCCGCCAUGGUAUUCACUUCAAGCAUUUCGUUCGUACCUGCUUCAACCAUUCAGCUCCAUGCAGGUACUUCAACGUCUUGUGGGUCGUCGUGCCCGCGGCGAUAGUUAUUGGUUUUGUCAAGCGUCACGACGAAUCCGGCAGCUGGCAUCUUGCGAUUUUCAUCCUCAACUACAUCGCCAUGGUCCCAGCGGCCAACUUGAUUGGCUUCGGCGGAGAGCAAAUUGUGCGCAAGGUAUACAAUGUUGUUGGACUGAUCAUCGAGACAACAUUGGGGUCCAUCGUUGAAAUAGUGGUCUUUACCAUUUUGAUUACCAGGACUGCCUCGGAGACGUUCGAUCCGAUUCAAAUUAUCCAAGCCGCCAUUCUCGGAUCUGUUCUUGCCAAUCUGUUGUUUUGCAUUGGCCUGUGCUUCUUCAUUGGCGGCAUGAAACGCGAAGAGCAGAAGUUCCAUUCUGCGAUUGGAGAAGUCGGAGUGGCUCUGAUCCUUCCCUCUGCCUAUAUCAACACCCUUCAGGACACCGAAUAUGGCGGGACUGGAGAUUUCGAUCUGGAUGCCCUUAGGAUAAGCCGUGGGACAGCUUUCAUUCUACUAGCCUCUUACAUGGUCUACCUGUGGUACCAAACAAAUUCGCACCGCAGUUUGUAUUCCGACGUCUUCAAUCACGACCUGAUAUCGUCGAAAAAGCGGCUGAGCAUCUGA